AUGGAAGCAACGGUCGAUCAGACGCUGGUUGACAGCGAAAGGGACUACUUAGAGUUUCUAGAUGAGACGGAAGAAUAUAAAGAUCGUAUUAAUUCCCUCAUUACUCGUGAUGCAACAAGAUUGAUAAUAAACAUAAAUGACCUGAGGCGUGAAAACCCCGAUCGUUGCAAAAGACUUUUGACGAAUUCAUCCACGGAACUCAUUGCGUGUCAAAAGGCGCUGAAGAAAUGUAUCCAGAACGUCAAUCCGGAUUAUGCCAAGCAAAAGUACGAUUUUUUCGUUGGCUUUGAGGGCAGUUUCGGAUCCAAGCACGUAACACCAAGAACACUAACUUCCAAGUUAUUGGGUCACAUGGUUUGUUUGGAAGGAAUAGUGACAAAAGCCUCUCUUAUACGACCCAAAAUUGUCUGCAGUGUCCACUAUUGUCCCGCUACCAAGAAGUCUAUUGAAAGGCGGUAUGCAGACUUAACUAGCUUGGAAGCCUAUCCAUCCUCGGGAAUAUACCCCACGAAGGAUGAAAACGGCAAUCUUCUGGAAACUGAAUACGGCUUAUCUGUCUAUCAGGACCACCAAACGUUAACUAUACAGGAGAUGCCAGAAACGGCUCCUGCCGGUCAGUUGCCCCGUUCUGUCGAUGUCCUACUCGAUCACGAUUUGGUCGAUGCUGUGCAGCCGGGUGAUCGCGUUCAGGUCGUUGGACAAUACCGUUGUCUUCCUGGAAAGAAAAGUGGUUAUACUUCGGCGAAUUUCAGGACAGUUUUGAUUGCUAAUAAUAUUCAGUCGCUGAGUAAGGACUCCGGCCCGAGUUUCUCCGACAAAGAUAUAAGUAUGAUGCGUCUAAUUGCCAAGCGGACGGAUGUAGUAUCCCUGUUGACCCGAUCGGUUGCCCCAUCUAUUCACGGCCAUGAUCAUAUCAAAAAGGCGAUCCUUUUACUCCUUCUCGGUGGUGUUGAACGGCAACUCACCAACGGGUCCCGCAUCAGAGGUGAUAUUAAUCUGUUGCUCAUGGGAGAUCCUUCUGUCGCUAAGUCCCAGUUUCUCAGAUUUGUGCUCCAUGUGGCUCAUAGGGCGAUCGCAACAACUGGCCGAGGAUCGUCCGGUGUGGGGUUGACUGCGGCAGUCACUACAGAUAUGGAGACAGGUGAACGCCACUUGGAGGCUGGUGCCAUGGUUCUGGCUGAUCGGGGAAUCGUUUGCAUUGAUGAGUUUGACAAAAUGUCCGACAUCGACCGAACUGCCAUUCACGAGGUGAUGGAACAGGGACGUGUCACCAUAGCCAAGGCUGGUAUUCAGGCCAAACUGAAUGCACGGUGUUCCGUCCUGGCUGCGGCUAACCCUGUCUACGGCAACUAUGAUCAAUACAAAACCCCCAUGGAAAAUAUCGGACUGCAGGACUCCCUUUUGUCUCGCUUCGAUUUGCUGUUCAUCAUUUUGGAUAAAGCCGAUCCUGAGACAGAUCGGGCUAUUGCUGAGCACGUUCUCCGCAUGCACCGGUAUCGUGGUCCAAGAGAACAGGAAGGUGAAGCUUUGCCGCUUCAGAACAUGGCUCGUCUUCUGUCCACUGGUACUGAUCCUUUGUCAGCCGCUGCGCAGGAUGAGGCCGAUGAAGAUGACAGUGGCACUCGUCAAAGAGAUGAGGAUCAAGUUUACGAGCCUCACAAUGACCUACUGCAGCCCGGGCGAGGAAGAGGAAGCGACAAAUUGACGAUCAAAUUCUUACAGAAAUACAUCCAUGUGGCUCGUCAACUCAAACCCCAAUUAACUCAGGAAGCUGCCUCCAUCUUGGCAGAGAAGUAUUGUGACUUGAGAUCACAGGAGGGUGCUGUCUCAGAUGGUCGUUUCGGUGGGGUCGACCAGUCGCGUAUGCGGCGAACACAGCCAAUUACUGCCCGAAGCUUGGAAACUCUGAUCCGUCUGGCUACUGCCCAUGCCAAAGCUCGAAUGUCAAAAACGGUAACCAAAAAGGAUGCGGAAGCUGCGGUGCAGAUUUUAUCGUUCGUGCUUUUCAAGGAAGUGCUUGAGAAACGCCGAAAGCGAGAUCGAAAUGCUGCUGAAGACGGCGAGUCCGAAGACGAAGGUGAAGUUACUGUGGAAUCACGACCUGCCAAACGCAAAGUCACAAAGACUUCCGCUGUGGAUUCUGACGACCCGUACGCCUUUGCCGAUGAACCUGAACCAUCAACAACUGCCACGCAACCUACAACGAGCGGUGCUUUAUCGUCGGACAGACUCCGUCAACUGUCUACUCUUGUCAGUCGUUUGUUCCAAGAACGUCGUGUUGAGCAGCUUCCGAUAGGAGAGCUGACGUCGACCAUUAUUCAGCAAGGUACUGGAUUCAACCAAGCAGAGAUUCGUGCUGGUCUGGAGGCGAUGCACGCGGAGAAUCGCGUGAUGUUGACUCCGGAUGAUGUCUGGCUCAUUUGAAUGCCAUACGAUGCAUUUCCAUCCAGAUCUGUUUUUAUAUACGUUUGUUCUUACUACAGUAAACUUAUCGACCUGUC